CAUCGUGCUCUAUUCGGAUGUUUCCAUCAUUGUUCCUUCACUUCAGCAUGGUUCAUAUGGUUCUCCUUUUCUUUUAAUUUCUUCACAUGGUUCAGAUAACUGAGUAAGUAGUUGCCAAGUUAAGAAUAUUUAAUAAAUGGGUUCGUGUGAAUGCGAACUGAUGUUAAAGGUGAGAAAGACUUCUAAGGUUGCUAAUCAGUCUGUCUGUUUCCUUAGCUUGAUGCGGUUGACAUUUGAUACCGCCGGAGUUAAUUGUGUCCGUAAGAAUGACUUCACAUAGGUUUUUUAGUUUCUCUUUGUUCCUCUUCUUUCUAUUUUGCAAUACAUCAUGAUGUCAUUUACUGAUAUAGAGAUUUUUGAGUGUUUACACAAGGAUAAGAACUUUCUAUGCACGAUGGGAUUCCUCUUCGGUACCUUAGCUAAAGAAAGAAAAGGAUAUUCUGAAGGAGUCGCUGUUGAAAGAAAAGUCCAAAAAUGCUGAGCUGAUUCAGAGAAUGCAGUCAAAUGCAGUGUCAGAGGCUUGUCUCAGAGACAAGAGGUACAUAAAGGAACUGGAAAAGGAACUGAGGAACUGCUCACUAGAAAUAGGAUAUCUGCAGGACCAGCUCAACCUACGAAAUGUUGAGUCAAAUUGUAUGGGUGAGCAUGUCCAUAGCCUUGAACUAAAGCUUGCAGAAGUUGGAAGCUUGCAUGAAAAACUAAAGCUGUUGAGUGAAGCAUUAAUGCAAUCUGAUUCAAGAAAUUUAAGUUUAAUCCGAGAUGUAAAAGAUAAAGGUGAGGAGUUGCACAACUCAGCAUUGCAGAUAGAAGAAUUGGAGACAGCCAUCUCAUCUAUUGCAUUGGACUCUCAAUGUGAGAUAGAGACCAUGAGGCUUGAAAUAGCAGCAUUAGAGGAGAGGUGCUUUGAAGCAGAGAGACUCUGCCAACAUGCUGCUCAAGAUAAGGCCAAAAUGGAGUUACUAUUGGAAAUGUCUGAAUCUCAAUUCCAGGAUGCACAGGAGAAGAUUAGUUGUUUAAGAAAAGAAAAUAAAAAUCUUAAACAGAAGCUCCUCUUAUCUGAAGUAAAUGCUGAUGGAUCAUGCUGUAAAAUUGGAGAGCAUCUUGAUACUUGGGUGAGAAACAACGGAGGAAUAAAUGUCCCUGUUUAUGGUGGAUCAUUCCGUGAUUUACUGGUGAAGCUCACAAAAGAGUUCCCUUUAUUGAAAGAAAUAUGCAUUUCUGGGGAAGUUUGCUGCCCAUUUGUCUCAAAUCCGGCUCUUGUGACAGCUUUGGAUGAUAAUGCAAAUGAGGAGAUGAAGAAGAUGUUGAACCAGAUCCGUGAACUUGAACUUCAAGUUGUGCAACUCAAGGAAGAACUAAGAGCAGAAAAAUUAAAGGCAAAGGAAGAAGCAGAAGAUCUAACUCAAGAAAUGGCCGAACUGAGAUAUCAAAUGACAGACAUGCUCGAGGAAGAAUGCAAGCGUCGGGCUUCUGUAGAACAAACUUCUCUAGGACGAAUUCAAGAUCUAGAAGAACAGGUGCGGAAAGAGCAUAAGCUAGCUGCAAUGCGAGCUAUGGAAAUUAGUCACUUAAAAGAUGCCCUGCAGAGAUUCCGGAAGGUCACAAAUCCAGAAACAGUUCGGAAAAUUGAAUCUUGCGAUUCGGGGGGUUGCAUAAUUUCAGAUAAUUUUGACAAGUGCUCAACUGAAGAUACUGCAAAUGCUGAAGCUUCAAAUGGUUACACAAGCCAUCAAGCUUUACUAGAGUGGUACCCAGAUGAUAGACAUUCUUCAACAGAAGCAGAAAAAUAAUGUAUCAUAUAUUUAAUGUAGCAAUAUUCUUUCAGAUAUAAAGUAAAGGGUCAGAAUUCAGUCAGAAUACAGUUCGUUUUCCUGUAGAUAUGUCCCUUGAUUUGUAGAAACAGGUUGAUGUUUUAGUGAACAAAAUAUGUCUAUCGCCUGGAAAUUUUUUUCAAACUUUAUUUCUUGUACAUACACAAAUGAAUUGCUUUCUUGGAUAACUGUAACUUUUUUGAA